UGGCUAGUACGUACCGAAAUUAUUUCGAAGUGACAUCACUGGGUUCUUUGUGCUUAGCGUUCGACGCAACAUUUGGCGGGAAUCGCGUCCGGCCGCAUGAUAUCAACGCGAGUGCCGGCAAGACCAGUGGACUCGGUAUGCAGACCUCGUGGAGUGAUCUGAGUUUGUAGAUUUUUGUGUCUUUUGUCAGGUAAAUUAUUUUUCGAGUGUUGUUUGAUGUGAAGUCAUUAUGAGUGCCGAGUUACAUAGCAAAAAGCUUCAAGAUAUUGCUGAAAAUCUUGAAUACGUCGGGGUUGCAGACGAUUCUGGAUUUGCUAGUAUUUCUGGAUCCAUAGCUUCCACAGAAGUCACGAGCAUUACAAAGGACGAAACAUUGGCAAUAAGCAAAAUUGCAGAUGACGUCAAAGUUAAUAAUGGACCGCUUGAGAUCGACAAUAAAGAAUCUACGAAGGCAAAGCGUAAGAGAAACCUAGAGAUUGAGGCAGAAGAUAAACGCUUAGCUGCCGAGCAAUAUGAGAAAGAAGUUGUGGAAUUUCGCUACAAACGUUUGAUGCAUUUGCUCGAUCGUAGCCAAUUUUAUUCUAAAUAUCUGGUUCAAAAGAUUGAUCAGUCUUUAAAAAAAGAAUCUAAAAAACCAGGAAACAAACGUAAGCCCAAAGUAAGCGAUGAGAACUCACCACCCAAAAAAAUGACGAAGAAGACUCAGAAAUUAAAACAAGAUUAUGAUAUAAGGGAAUAUGUGACUGUGAAAGAUGUCAAGGAUAAAGAAGAACAAAAAAAAAAAAUGAAUCUCAGUCAGGAAGAAAUAGCAAACGAACUCAUGAUAGAAACAGACGAAAACGUAGCAAAAACAGACUAUUCGGACAAGGAGCAAAAUGUUGAGCCUGUACAGUUGAAGUAUUUCGAUGGCACAUUGCGUGACUAUCAGGUUGAAGGUUUAAAAUGGCUUCGUGUGCUUUAUGAAAAUGGUGUAAAUGGUAUAUUGGCAGAUGAGAUGGGUCUUGGAAAGACUAUUCAAGUUAUUGCAUUGAUUUGUCACUUGAUAGAAAAGAAAAUUCCAGGACCUUACUUGAUAAUUGCACCACUUUCUACUAUUCCUAAUUGGUUAAUGGAGUUUGAAAACUUUGCUCCAAAGAUCCCUGUUGUUUUGUUACACGGACCUCAAAAUGAGAGGGAAAAACAUUACCGAUCAAUCAAACAGAAACAUUUCGAUAUUGAUGGAUACAAAACACAACCAGUGGUUCUGACUACUUUCGAAAUACCUAUGCAAGAGGAAAAUUUAUUAAAACGUGAGCAGUGGAGGUACAUCAUCAUUGACGAAGGUCACAGAGUUAAAAACUACAAAUGCCAACUACUGCAGGUUCUGAAGAAAUGCAAAUCCAUGAAUCGACUUCUGCUAACUGGUACACCACUUCAAAAUAACUUGUCAGAGUUGUGGUCUUUGUUGAAUUUUUUGCUGCCAGAAAUUUUCAAUGACCUAGCAGUAUUUGAAUCCUGGUUUGAUGCUAAAGAACUACAAGAUGCUGAAGGUACCAAAAGGAUUCUCCAGCAAGAAGCUGACAAGCAGGUUUUGAUGAGUUUAAGAGAGAUAUUGAAACCAUUCAUGCUUCGCCGUGUGAAAUCAGACGUUUGUUUGGAUAUCCCCCCAAAGAAAGAAGUUAUUGUCUAUGCACCGCUUACUGAACUACAACAUAGCUUAUACAAAGCAGUAUUGAACCGCGAUAUUCAAACUAUGGCAAAACUGGAACCUGAAAACCUUAUAAUCCCUAAUCUAAACGGAAAAAGACCAACACGACGUUGUAGGCUCAAAUCAGGUUAUUCCGAUUACCAAGAUGAUUCCAUGAGUGACGUGUCUUCGUCACGUGCCUCAACUCCGAGCAGUGAUGGAAGUGAUGAUGGUUGGAAGAAAGAUGUAAAAAUAGAGAGCAAUGCACUUUCCAUGUGGAAAAAAUACACAGAUGUCAAUGAAAGGAACCAAGAAUUUUUAAUACGGAUUCAGUGGCAAAAUAGAGCCGUAAUAUACAAAAAAAUAGUGAACCAUCCAUACUUAGUUCACUGUCCAUUGAAUAGCGUUGGUUUGCCACGAGUUGAUGGUGAAAUAAUUAAAACUUCGGGAAAGCUGUUGGUCCUGGAUGCAAUGCUGGCAAAACUUAAAUCUCAAGGACACAAAGUCCUACUGUUCUCAACAAUGACCAUGAUUUUGGACAUGCUGGAAGAUUAUCUUGAACUCAGAGAUUACAGAUACGUACGGUUGGACGGACGUUUAAAAAUAGAGGACCGAAAGGAAAAUAUUAAAUUAUUCAACUCUGAUCCAGACGUAUUCCUAUUCCUUAUAUCCACUAGAGCUGGAGGAGUGGGAUUAAAUUUGGCUGCUGCUGAUACAGUUAUCAUGUACGAUUCCGAUUGGAAUCCUCAGGCUGAUAUACAAGCUAUGGCACGUUGUCAUAGAAUUGGUCAAACACGACCUGUUGUUGUAUACAAGUUAUGCACUAAAGGAACAAUCGAUGAAACAAUUAUUAACCGUGGUGAAGCAAAGCGCAAAUUAGAAAAGAUGGUCAUCUCUAAAGGAGCUCUAAAUCUUUCCAUAAACAGUCGGGACACAAUCAUUCAGCUUAAAAAACUUUUAGAAUCCAAUGAAAAUCACAUUGUACAUGCAGAAAGUGAUGUCUACACACAUAAAGAACUUGAUGAUUUAUUGGACCGAAGCGACCUGAUGCCAAAGAAGAAUGUCGCAGAUAAGAAGAUAACAAAUAAAUAAUCUGAACUAUCAAAUGGUGUCAGAGAUCACUUAUGAAAGUGAGAAGAU